AUGUUGCAUAAAUGUGGUGGUGCACCGUUGGCUAUAAUCACAAUGGCUAGCUUGCUUGUUGGUAGACCAGUGGAGUUUUGGUCUAAGGUGUACAACUCAAUUGGUUUUGGAAAUGAAGAUAACAAAGAUGUCAACAACACGAGGAAGAUACUUUUAUUUAGCUACUAUGAUCUGCCUUGCUAUCUAAGGACUUGCUUAUUGUAUAUGAGCAUAUAUCCAGAAGAACAUCUAAUCGAGAAAGAUAGUCUGAUAUGGAAGUGGGUUGCCGAGGGUUUUAUUCAUGAGGAAGCAGGGGUAGGAUUAUAUGAGAUUGGUGAAAGAUAUUUCAACGAGCUGAUAAAUAAAAGCAUGAUACAACCGGUAGAUUCCCACCCGUAUGAUCGCACCAUUACAGGUUACUACGACAUCAUUACGGGUUGCCGUAUUCAUGAUAUGGUUCUUGACAUGAUCUGUCGGUUAGCAAAGCAAGAAAACUUUGUCACUGCAUUGUACAAUAAUGAGCAACAAGCAUAUACAGUACAUCACAAUGUCCGUAGGUUAGCUGUUGGAGACAAAAACUGUCUGGCUAACACAUGUAUGCCACAAGUAAGGUCAUUUAAUGUCUUGAGUAGCGAUGUUAAGCUGCCAUCACUUUCAUGCUUUCAAGUUUUACGUGUCCUAGCUCUAGAAGGUGAUACCUCUUCUGAACAUGACACUACUUGCCUUGAGCAUCUUGGAAAGUUAGUUCACUUGAGGUAUCUUGGACUAAGGAAUAUAAAUAUCAGUGAGCUCCCAAAGGAAAUAGGAGAUCUAAAAUUCUUACAGAUGUUGGAGAUGAAGGAUUGCAACAAACUACUGAAACUGCCACAGAGUAUUGGUCAAUUAAGUCAACUCAAGUGCCUGCGUGUUUACGCGGACCGGUUUUCGAUGCUGCAAUGUCUGGAAGACACAGCACUAGACUGGAUCAGAAACCUGACAUCUCUGGAAGAGUUAUGCUUAUUGAACGUCAGUGAGUCCUCAAACUUUGUGAAUGAUCUCGGAAAGCUGACAGAGUUGAGGAAGCUUUGCAUUGUAUCUUUACGGUUGAAGAGUGCGAGCUUGAUAAAAGAUUGGGAGGAGUCUCUAGACAAACUGCAGAAAAUUCAGGUCAUAGACAUUGGUUGGUUUAUAUAUAAAGAAGAAGGUGAUGCCACCUACUGCCGAGAAGGCUAUGCCCCCCCUCGCCAACUCCGUGUUCUGCAUAUGCAGUACAAACAACCUGGGCUGCCUAUAAAGAUUAGUCCAUCUCUUCAACCAAACCUCUCCCACUUAUCAUUACAAGUGAAUGCUCUAGAUGUGGAGAUCUUUGGAAGGUUCCCAGAGCUUGUUACUCUCCAGCUGGACGUGAAUACUUAUCACUAUGAUGUCACGGGAGCUCCAGGUGCAUUCCCCAAGUUGAGAGCUUUCAAGACGGAUGGAACGCCCCGUUUCCUUGGAGUAAUGCCAAACCUUGAAUAUCUCGAGUUCGUUGUCUCAAUUAUGGACCUCAACACUAAACCUGACUUUGGUAGCUUGGUGAAUCUCCCUAUGCUUCAGAGAGUUGUAAUUCUAGUAUGGUACAACUUUAAUGAAUUCGAUUCAGAGGAGGCUAAGGAUGUGGUGAGGGAGGCAAUCUUUUCUGGCCCCAGCGGUUUCACAUUUGAACUGAAGGGUUGGCAGUGUUAG